AAACUGCAUAGUUAAUUAACAGUUCUUCUGUGAAAUCCCCCAGAUCCUCAAGAUUUCCUGCUCUCACUCCUACCUCAGGAAACUUGGGCUCAUUGUGGUUAGUUCUUUUUUAUUAUUUGGCUGUUUUGUUUUCAUUGUAUUCUCCUAUGUGCAGAUCUUCAGGGCUGUGCUGAGGAUCCCCUCUGAGCAGGGACAGAGCAAAGCCUUUUCCACCUGCCUUCCUCACCCGAUUGUGGUCUUGCUGUUUGUCAGCACUGGCAUGUUUGCCUACCUGAAGCCUCCCUCAAUCUCCUCCCCAACCCUGGACCUGGCACUGUCAGUUCUGUACUCAGUGGUGCCUCCAGUGCUGAAUCUUCUCACCUACAGCCUGAGGAACCAGGCUGCAGUGUGGACACUGAUAUCUUGA